UUCAAUGGGUUGUAUUUAUGAUAAUUAAAAAACAUUCAAUGGGUUACUAAAAUCUGUGAUCAACUACUAGCCUCUAAAUGAUCGAUUUAAGUCUUAAAAAUAAUUUGAAUAUCUGUAAAAGCUGUAUUAAUCAACGCCACUGGUUAUUAUGUGUUAAUUUGUGUAAAAUCACCCUAUAUACCAAACAAAACAAAACAAAACUAUAUGACAUAACUACAUCUUAUCGUUGACUCUGAAGCUUCAUCAUCGUAAUGACAAAAAAACAUAUACAUUCCCGAAUACAUUCAUUACUUUCCUCUUAUACACAUCAUUUUCUCUUCAGACUGAAAAAAAAUUCUGACCGUCGUAAUGAAUGCGACGGUGGUGCCACCUUACUCCGGCCACUGGCUAACGAACACAGAUAGGAUGGGUGGAUUGGCUUACGGGAUAGGAGUCUCCAUUGGUAUACUUAUGCUAAUUACCACAAUCACCCUCACUUCUUAUUAUUGCACUCGAAGCCAUAUCUCUGCCUCUCCCACGACCACUCCAAGGACAAGACGCCGGCGAAGAGAGACCAAUGGAACGUUACAACCUGGCCAAGAUCAGUUCGACUUCGAAGGUGAUGAAAACGACACCGUUGUGGUCGAAGUCAUGGGGCUAAACGAGGAGGUGAUCAAGAGUUUUCCUAAGCUUCCGUACGAAGAGGCUCGUGUGAGUUAUAGCUUGCAAAAGGAAUCCAGUACGACGUCGUGUUGUUCUAUAUGUCUCGCGGAUUACAAAAAAAUGGAUAUGAUCAGGGUUUUGCCUGAUUGUAACCACUUGUUCCACGACACUUGCGUUGACCCUUGGCUGAGGCUUCAUCCUACGUGUCCCGUUUGCCGUACGUCUCCGUUACCAUCACCGGCGAUGACACCUGUCGCUGACGUUGUUCCCUUUUCCCGCCGGCCAAUGAUGGAUAUUUGACUUCGUCGCGUUUUAAAGAAAUUAUUGUUGACAUUUUUAUUAGAGUAUAUAAUAAUCUCUAAGCUGUAAAGUUUCACGAUUUUUA